CCCCGACCACCCCCUCGGGCGCUCUCGCGCUAACUGUGCUCCUCUGGGCCCCGUCCGCCCGCUCCCAGCCAUGGUGGCCUGGCACUCGGCGUUCCUCAUCUGCCUCGCUUUCUCCUUGGCCACUCUGGUUCAGAGAGGAUCUGGGGACGUUGGUUUCAGUCUGGAGGAUGCAUUGGAAGAAACGUCUUCAGUGAAGCAGAGAUGGGACCAUGUCACCACCACAACCAGGAGACCGGGAGCGACCAGAGCUCCAGCAAAGCCUGCAGAAAAAGAAUUUGACUUGGCCGAUGCCUUGGAUGAUCGAAAUGAUCAAGAUCAUGGCCACAGGAAGCCGAUUGCAGGAGGAGGAGGUUUUUCAGACAAGGAUCUUGAAGACAUAUUAGGGGGUGGUGAAUACAAACCUGACAAGGGUAAAGGUGCCGGCCAGGAUGGCAGCGGGGACGACUCAGGAUCCGGCGUGUCGGCAGAGACCAGCACCAUCGCCGGCGUGGCCAGUGCUCUGGCCAUGGCCCUGAUUGGCGCUGUCUCCAGCUAUAUCUCCUACCAGCAGAAGAAGUUCUGCUUCAGCAUUCAGCGUAAGUGGACCUGCCCUGCGGCCGCCUCUAGCUACACCCUUCCGCUGCUCGAUGUGAACAGGGGGGCCAGGGCUUUGGAGGGGAAGGGGCAGAGCCCCGAGCAAGUUAAGAUUCAGGAACCUUCCACAGCCUGCCCAACACACCUCCUCAGCAGACGUCCCCGGGCUGAGGUGGCGGUGGUGCUGCAGUUUGUAAACCCUUGGGGACAGACCUCGGCCAAACUGAAGUGUAAAGCGGCCUGGGAGAGAGGACUGGGCUGGGCCCAAUGACCUUGAUCUUCCAAGGCUGAGCCCUGGCCUUCUCGUAGAACAGGAGAGCCCCUGGAUAUCCACGUGGCUUCAGACCUCACCCAAGGGGACGUGGGCCCUUCGGAGGCAGAAGGCAGGCGUCCCCGGGACCUCGGAGGUCCUGGCAGCCCUCCCCUCCCUCUCAGAGCCCAAGGAGCCACUGCCCGCUGCCUGGGUGCCCCCGCUCCUCCCCGUGAGCCAGAGAAUCAUGAAUUGUUUUAAAGGAAGAGGAGAGUGUGGUCCACCCCCCUUACACACCAGCUUCGUAACACAGGCGGCUUUCAUUUUAGGCUGUAGCUGUGACUCUAUCCGAGGUGUGUGAACUGAAUAGUUACAGAUGGAAUGUGUCUGAGAAGCCCACCCACGGGGGCCCCGUGUUGGGGGGAGCCCCAUGUCAGGGGGAGCCCCGUGUCGGGGGGAGCCCCGUGUCGGGGGGAGCCCCGUGGGGAUGCCAUUGUCGAUGGUUUCAUAAGCACAGUGUCGAUGUGUCGCUGUUUGCCGAGAGUGUCUCUGGUUGAAGACAGGUGAUUUUUAGUUCAAGUGAGAGACCCCGACUCAGCCAUAGUUUUCCUCUUUCCUGCAGCUCAGGACCAUCCCCUGUGAGGCUUCCCCUUCCCUUGCUCUGGGCCUCUGCACUUAAUUCUAGCCUGGACCUGAGCUUCCCAGGAAACGACUUGGGUCCCAGAAUGCUUUGUGUGCGGGUUUUGCUGCCCUCUGCAUUGUGCAGAGCAGUGCUCCAGGGACAGGGUUCACAUCUCAGUGCACAACCUGCACAGCUGUUCCUGGCUGCCCUGCUUGAGUUCCCACCCACUUUCUGUCAUGCCAAAAGCUUGGCUGUAGAGUGAUGUGAGCAGGAAGAGUGAGAGGGAGUGCACAGCUGGAGGCUGGGCUGGCCUUACAGCUAUCACUUGUCCCAGCUCAAAAGACUUAAAACAACACAUCUAUUCUCUCAUGGUUCUGGAGGUCAGAAAUCCAAGAUCAAGGUGGCGGCAUUGCUGGCUCCUUCU